CAACACACACAAAUUAUAUCUACAAAUUAAAACUUUGGAAAAUUGAAAAAAAUACAUUCCAACAAAUUAUUUUUCGUUUCCAGUGAAUCAAUUAAAUAUUGACAUGUUGUUUUGUCGUUUAAUUGCUAUACUAUUGAUCAUUUAUUGAUCUGCAAGAGAAAAUUCCGUUCAUCCAUCCAAAUGUUUUUCUUGUUUUACAUAACAUUACAAUAAACGAUAUCGAAAUGGAUCGACGUCAAAAAAAUUCCCGUCAAUAUCAUCGUUUAAUGUUGUUUACAUUUGGAAAUUUAGGCUAUCAAUUUCAAUCAAUAUGUUUACGAUCAUCAUUCAAUGUAGUGAUGAAUAUCUUGAUCAACGUGAUUGCUACUUAUGGUUUAAGUGUUUAUGAUCCACAUGCUUUUAUUGGUGAAAAUUUUGCAUCGAAAAAAUUUUUCAUUACACUAUUAAUAUUUACCUAUCAUAUUCUAUUUCCAUUUGGUUAUUUAUUGAUUACCAUUAAUUAUCUGAUUUAUGGUCGACAAAUUCUACACAAUAUUUGUACAUUAAUUGUUGUGAAUUUUAAUAGAUUUUACAUUUUAUUCACGAUAUUCAUUGUAAUUUGCGAACAUAUGUAA